AUGCCUUCUCCAGUCCAGAACGUCGCCAAGGUCCACCAUGCACACAUCGGCGCCAUUCAACGCCGAAUCCGUCUGCUUAACGUUGCAGUACUAUAUAUCCUCGUCGUUGAUUGUCAGUGGGACGUUCAGGUCGAACCCAAAUAUACACAUAGAUUAGACUCCUCCCCAUUCACCGGCAUCGUCGUUGCUAAUGUAGUCAUCCAUGGUGGUGGUGGCCGUUGCGUGGAUGGUAUCUUCCAUAGCUAG